AUGGCUUCAAACCACUUUCGCAACCGGUCACACCACCAUCAGACGGCGACCCGAUCACAUCUGGCUGAACUCUGGAUUUCCGCUGAGGCGGAUGCCGACGGCUUGACACCUUCAUACCAUAUUUUUCAGGCCAGCAAAACACCCCAGACGGACGCUACCACCUACUCGCUCCGUCGAGAACUGCAUGACCUCUUAUCGUCGGGUACGGCGAAUCUGUACCAGACGCCGGUUACGACUCCCACGGGAACCUUCUACCCGGAUCAGUACGCUCCGCGACAUCUCGCGCGACCGGCGCCCUCUCUUCCCGGCCCACGCGGUCCACGCGGUCGCCUACUUCCGCCUCCCUUGCCGCGCAAGGCGUUGUCGCGACACCCUCGGGCGACUUCGCCUUCGUCGUAUCGAGGAGCGGCAGUCAUGAGUGUCGCAUACGAACCUAGGUCCUUCAUCCAUGAGGGAGCCUAUCCCCCGAUAGGCGACGAACACGACCAUGGUGCCGACCAACGGUAUACAGACUCCGAGGUCGCCGAGCAUCUCAGUCACUAUACCUCUGAUGCUGCACUCCUGGGAGAUGAUCGAAGCAUCAUGGAUGAUGGCACCGGCGUGCAAGAUGCUACACGCCUAGAUCUCGGCGCAACCGGUUUCUCCUCGCCCAUUCAAGUUUCGCUGCAUGCGCCGUCAAUACCCGAGCCCAUAUCGGAGAGCAAAGAUGCCUCACCAGGCAUCGAAUCACCGCCUUCGUCGCGCACAAAGUCGAUCCCCAAGCCUGACAGAGACGUAGUAAAGCAGGCUGACGGCAAGUUUCACUGCCCAUUGGAGGAAUGCAAAGAAGAAGUCCGCGCAUUUUCACGCAAGUGUGAAUGGAACAAACACAUGGACAAGCACGAGCGACCCUACCGAUGUCCCGCCCCUGGAUGCGAGAACCUUCCUGGCUUCACAUACUCCGGAGGCUUGCUGAGACACGAGCGCGAAGUUCAUAACAAGCACGGGGGUCCCAAAAAUACCGUAAACUGCCCCCAUCCAAACUGCAAACGGCACACCGGCAAAGGUUUCUCAAGACAGGAGAACCUCAACGAGCAUUUGCGGCGGGUGCAUACCACCGGCGACGUCACGACACCUCCGGCCGACUCGGUUGCUUCACCGGAAGACAACGAAAGCGAGAAGUCUAGCAUGAAGCGCAAGCGCCGCUCCAGUGGACAAGGGGAUGAGCUUACGGAGCUUCGUGACGAGAUCAAGCGAGUCCGCGAGGAAAAUGAGAAGCUCAAGUCCGAGAUGGAGCAACAAUCACAGCAUUCGCUUGCCAUGAUGGCGCAGAUUGCAGAACUUCAAGACGCACUGCGACACGGCAUGUCGCCACACGGCCUCGGAGCCCCAACAGCACAGAUGAUUUAG